AUGAUGGGUAAUGUUGAGGAAGAUGAUUUGUCUCAUCUCGCGACGGAUACUGUUCACUACAAUCCGUCGGAGCUCUACUUAUGGCUUGAUAAUAUGCUCUCGGAGCUUAAUCCAUCGGCUGUUGCAGACCCGGUUUCGCCUUCGCCGGAGAUUAAUCUUACCGGCGCCGGAGAUUCUUCGACAAUUACGUCGAUUGGUGGUUUCUCGACUUCGGAUUUUGACAUGAAAGCCAUUCCUGGAAACGCCAUGUACCGGAGAUCUAACCAAUUCGUGGGGAUUGAUUCUUCGUCUUCGUCGAAUCAAGUGGUCGAAGAGAGAGAAGAGAGAGAUGAGAAUGAAAGAAAAAUAUAA